AUGGAAAUAAAAAUCUCAAAAUUUUGUGAACAUAUUUACAGAAGAAAUGAUGAAUUUUUAUAUGUCCCAUUUCCGAGUAACCAGAAAGCUUCCACUUUGCUUACUUUAAGUAUAAAAUCUUAUGAAUUAGCUGAAAACUUCAUUCCAAACAUUUCUUUUCCUUAUUCUACUCUAGUAUUAAACCUCCCGAACUCAGAAUUUUUAUGCAUAUGGCAAGAAAACGGUAACUGAAAUAUAUAUUUAAUUGAUACAAAAGCAUUUACUAUUAAAAAAAAACUUCGUUCUCUGCAAGAAUUCCGUUGUUUAUUACCUGUGUAUAGCCAAAAAUUCGCCUACUUUCUUACCUCCUCUUCAAAAAAUUAUAAAAACAUGAUAAUUUGGCAAUUGGAUCUAGCUGAAAAUAGAUGAAGAAAGCUAAAUGAAUUUAUAGGAGAUUGGAUGGUAGAUUCCUUUGUAUUUUUCAAACAAUCAUUAUUAAUUUUCGGGCUAAAACGAGGUGCUAUUGAAAAAUAUGAUAUUAUUACUGACAGCUGAUCAGAAAUCCCUUUUAAUAUUUUAAAUAAAGGAAAAUUUUUUGCAUUUAAUGCGAGGUCAACUGUUAUUGCUUUUGAUAAAAGUGGAACUAUUUUGGAGAGUGCUGACAAUAAUGAAUAUAACUGAAAAAAAAUUGGGAGCAUUAGCAUUAAAAGCUUUAUUUUGAAGCCAAUAUCUCAAUCAUCUAGAAAAAAUUCAAUAUUUUUCGCAUAUAUAAAGCCUGAAAAUGAAGAUUGAGAAAGAAAGCCAUUUUAUUAUAGGUACAACUUUGCAAAUAAAACACUUGAAAAUGUAAAAAUAAAGGAGGAAUGUGGUUGCGACUUAUUUUAA